CUCUCAUUUUCCAUUUCCUACUCUUUUUCCCCAAGUUUUCAACCUUUUGAUUUUGUUUCCUUCAUUUCCUCUCUAUUUUUGUCCCUUUCCAAAACUUACAACUUCUUCAACUAAACUUUGAAUUCCUCUUUGUUAAUUUGAGAAAAUUUCCCAUCUAACUCUCUCUUGAUUGCCUUAAAGAACAAAUUUGGAAGGUAAAAAUAAUGCACCAAAACAGAAUGAAGCAGCAACAAGCUAAGAUGCAACAAUCAAUUCUUCAACAACAAGCUUCUCUUUAUCAUCCUGGAGUUUUGGAACCCCCCACUCCAGAGCCUAUCUUGAGUGGAAAUCUGCCACCAGGCUUUAAUUCAAGUGCGUGCCGCAGUGUGUAUGUCGGGAACAUUCACCCCCAAGUCACAGAUCCACUUCUUCGGGAGGUUUUCACUAGCACCGGUUUGAUUGAAGGAUGCAAGCUUAUUAAGAAGGAGAAGACGUCUUAUGGUUUUGUGGACUACUAUGACCGUAGAUCAGCCUCUCUUGCUAUUGUCACCCUAAACGGUCGUCAUCUAUUUGGACAACCAAUUAAAGUUAAUUGGGCAUAUGCAAGCAGUCAAAGGGAGAACACAACAAGUAUGCAGAUUUUGCUUCUGAAUUUAUUUAUUUGGUUUUUGCUUUUAUCUUGAUUUCUAAUAAGCUACACAGAUGCUACUUUGUAUGCAUGCUUCUCUGUCUAUCAAAGCUGCUCAGAUGCUAGAGUAAUGUGGGAUCAAAAGAUAGGGCGUUCCUGGGGUUUUGGGUUUGUUUCUUUCAGGAACCAGCUGGAUGCUCAGAGUGCAAUCAAUGAUCUAAAUGGGAAAUGGCUUGGAAGUCGUCAGAUUCGGUGUAAUUGGGCCACAAAAGGUGCUGCAGGCAGUAACAUGCCAAACUCAGAUGCUAAGAGUGUUGUGGAACUCACCAAUGGAUCAUCAGACGAAGGUCAAGAAAUUAGAAAUGACGCUGCAGCACCCGAGAACAACCCUCAGUUUACCACUGUAUAUGUUGGAAACCUUGCUUCUGAGGUUACGUCGGUCGAUCUUCAUCGUCUUUUUCAUGCUUUAUGUGCUGGUAUUAUUGAAGAUGUCUGAGUACAACGUGACAAGGGAUUUGGUUUUGUGAGAUACAGCACCCAUUCUGAAGCUGCCCAAGCUAUUCGAUUUGGGAAUGCACGUGUCCUUUGUGGAAAGCCUCUAAAGAGUUCUUGGGGUAGUAAGCCUAUUCCACCAGGAGCAAGUUCUACACCACUUCCUCCACCUUUUCACAUAUCGGGUUUCACUGCUGCUGAUCUCGCUGCCUAUGAACGACAGAUUGCUAUCGCUAAAAUGGGCGGUGUUCAAGCGAUUAUGGGUCAGCAUCCACUGAAAGCUGGUGCCUUAGGAAUGGGUGUUGCCGGUGCCAGUCAGCCAAUCUACGACCCCAUGUUCCAGAAUAUUGCGUCCUCACAGCAACUUAUGUACUAUCAUUGAAUCAAAGCAUACUUCGACCAGUGUCCUCAUCAGUGUUAGAGCCCGUCUUUCCUUUCACAUUUUAUAGUUGUAUGAUUUAUAUCUUUUUAUUUUUAACAAUUGUAAAAAUGGUUCCGAUUGUUGUAUUGUUCGUUGCAACUUAUGUAUUUAUAGAGCUUGUAUUUUCAAUUUCAUAGCCGAUUCUGAAUAAUCGGUAAGCUUGUUGUUGAACCACAAGCGUAUACAAGAGACAGACAAAGGCCGAAAACAUUCUGUUAUGAAUGGUGUGACUUGAGUGCACAUUUGGUGUGUGCAUUCAUGUGUAAGUCUUGGGUUUGGAAUCCAAUGAGUAUGUUAAUGUAGGUGUAUUAAGUUGAGUCUUGAUAAUUGUGGUUUAUGAUGGUGAUUAAGAGUAUGGAUUAAUGAGGUAAUAAAGUAUGAGUUAUUCAUGGGAGUUAUGGGAUUUAAUGAAGAAGUGCAAGGUUUAAUUCAAGAUGCUCUACUAUGCAAGUCGAGCAAUACUGUCAGAAGCCUUGUGAAGUGCAGCUCGACCAGCUCGCUUGACCGAGCAAGCCCCUGUUUUGGUCGAGCGAAGUCUCUGAUACUCCUAGGAUGCUAUUUUUGACUCUUCAAGUUUUCGGGGAUGUUUCAUUAUCAUUUAUUCAUAGUUUUAAUGUACUUAAUGUUACUUAGUGAGAUCUCUCCUAUAAAUAGAGAGCUAUUAUUCACACAUUGUAAUCAUCCACAAAAUACACCCCAAGCCAAACACUAGCCUAUAUCUCUUCUCUAU